AGUAGGUAAACAACAUAAUAAACACAAAUGAAAACAAUAUGGCGUAGAGUGUGGUGCGUGACUCGUUUGCGCUGUUAAUAUUAAUCAUUUUUGUGUUGUUCCUAAUUGAUAAUAAUAUAAACUUGUUUUGUACUAAAUAUAGGCGCUAUGGGGGACAGUGAUGAUGAUCAAGAAGGACCAGUGGAUGCCCUCACAAGUUUCCUCUUUGGUAACAUUAACGAGGAUGGUCAUCUGGAUAAUGAUGUCUUUGAUGAGGAGACACAAAAGCAAUUGGGAUCAUUGGGGAAGUUAGGAUUAGGCUCAAUUUUGAAAGAUAUGAUUGGGGAAGAGAAAAUACAAAACAAUAAUAGUUCAGACAGUGAUUCUGAUUUCGAAGAUACCACUAGACGUCACUCAGAUGAUUCACAACUCUCUGAUGAGGAAUUUCCUGGAUCUAAGCAGAAUGAUAAGGAUGUUGCCGCUGUGGAUUAUUCAGAUAUUAAUGAGUUGGCAGAGGAUGAUAAUACAGAAACAAAAAUAAAAUCAGAGGAGGUGGAUUAUGAUGCUGAUGAUGAAUUGAAGUCUAAGGAUGUAAAGUUGAUGCCACCACCACCUGCGCCGAAAUUAGAAAACUGCUCAGAUGACAAAAAGAAGUUUGAAACUCCUUUGGCAGCUAUGAGGCCAUCGAAAUAUGCAGAUAUAGAUGUUACAGAAUUCUUUCCUGAUUUCAGACAUGGAGACGUGUUAAGAUUUUCUCGACUCUUUGGACCAGGAAAACCGAGCAGUCUUCCAAAUAUAUGGCGAAAUGUUCGCAAGAAGCGUAAAAAGAAAAAGAUGAAGGAAGACUCGAAUCAGCACGAUUCUGACAGUGCUUCCGAUGAGGAGAAACCGAAAUACAGGGGAUGGAGUUUCGAUUACGCUCCUGUUCCACCCCCUGAUCAAUGUCAAACUGAUGAUGAGGAUAAGUUCAAAUUGAAAUUGGAAGCUAUAGCUGUGGAUAUGACAAAGGAGGCAAACGCCAAAGAUGACACCGGUCCUAAAGCCGCGGAUUGGAGGUUCGGCCCUGCAAAAAUCUGGUACGAUAUGAUAGAAGUACCAGAAACCGGAGAAGACUUUACGUACGGUUUCAAAGUCAAAGAUAAAAAUGAAGACGGUAUUGAAGAGAUCGUGAGGCGCAACGGCGAGAAUAGUUUCCCUGAUGAUUCAUUUUUAAUGGUCACACAACUGCACUGGGAAGAUGACGUUGUGUGGGACGGAAACGAUAUUAAGAAUAAGGUGUUACAGAAGCUCAAUUCCAAAAGCAAUGCUGCUGGUUGGGUGCCAAGCAGCGGGAACAGGACAGCUCAAGCGUUCAGUCAACCAGGAAAAGGAGGUGCAAUACCGGGAACGGGCAGGAUACCACCAAUACCAGCACCUCCUCUUCCAGGAGCUAAGAUCCAAUCAAAAAAUCAAUUAGCUUUGAACAAGCAACGCAACGAACCGGAACAAGAUGAUACUUGGUAUUCAAUUUUCCCUGUUGAAAACGAGGAUCUUGUAUAUGGUGUAUGGGAGAAUGAUGUUAUUUGGGAUUCGGAAAAUAUGAAGUCCGUACCGAAACCAUCCAUACUGACGCUGGAUCCUAACGAUGAGAAUAUCAUUUUGGGAGUGCCAGAUGAUAUUGAUCCGUCCAAACAAAUUGCAGGUCAAGCAACUCCGGUUAAAGUGAAAAUUCCGCAUCCUCACGUCAAAAAAUCAAAGAUUCUAUUAGGAAAAGCCGGUGUUAUUAACGUUUUGCAGGAGGACACGCCACUGCCUCCUCCAAAAUCGCCAGAUCGUGAUCCAUUCAAUAUAUCGAACGAUAUAUUUUACAUGCCGAGAUCUUCAGAAACUACUUUACGUUUGAAAGUGGGCGGUGGCAAUUUGAUUCAACAUUCUACGCCAGUUGUUGAGUUGCGUGUGCCAUUCAUACAAACGCAUAUGGGACAAAUGCGUCUAAGAAAUUUCCACAGGCCACCACUGAAGAGAUACUCGCAUGGACCUUUGGCCCAUCCAGGUCCGCACUCAAUUCUUGCACUCAUCAAGCACAUAAAAAAGAAGGCGAAGCAACGUGAAACCGAAAGGAUGGCAUCAGGUGGCGGAGAUGUAUUCUUCAUGAGAAAGCCGGAAGAUUUGACUGGUAGAGACGGCGAUAUUAUUUUGUUAGAAUUUUGCGAAGAGCAUCCUCCUCUUAUGAAUCAAGUCGGCAUGUGUUCGAAAUUGAAGAACUAUUACAAAAGAAAGGCAGGAAAAGAUUCGGGUCCUCCUACUUAUAAAUACGGCGAAACUGCGUACGCUCAUACCUCACCGUUCUUAGGUAUUUUACAUCCAGGUCAAUCGAUACAAGCCGUUGAAAAUAAUAUGUACAGGGCUCCGAUUUAUGAACACAAAAUAAACGAGACCGACUUCAUAAUAAUCAGAACUAGGAGUCAAUAUUACAUAAGAGAGAUGGACGCGCUUUUCUUGGCUGGACAAGAGUGUCCCCUUUAUGAAGUUCCAGGUCCGAAUUCGAAGCGCGCAAAUAAUUUCGUACGUGAUUUUUUGCAAGUUUUCAUUUACCGGCUGUUCUGGAAGAGCCCUGACAUUCCACGAAGGAUAAAAAUGGACGACAUUAAGAAAGCUUUCCCGUCGCAUUCUGAAAGCAGUAUACGUAAACGUUUGAAGCUUUGCGCCGACUUCAAACGUACCGGAAUGGAUUCUAAUUGGUGGGUCAUGAAGCCUGAAUUCCGACUUCCAUCAGAAGAGGAAAUCCGAGCUAUGGUGUCGCCGGAACAAUGCUGCGCAUACUUUAGUAUGGUUGCUGCUGAACAAAGAUUGCACGACGCCGGUUACGGUGAAAAAUUCUUGUUCGCACCAGCAGAUGAUGACGACGAAGAGAUGCAGCUUAAAAUGGAUGACGAAAUCAAAGUUGCUCCAUGGAACACAACUCGUUCAUACAUCCAAGCCAUGAAAUCUAAGUGCUUACUACAGCUUACCGGACCUGCUGAUCCUACUGGUUGCGGUGAAGGAUUCAGUUACAUUCGAGUACCUAACAAACCAACGCAAAGUAAAGAAGAACAAGAAUCGCAACCAAAAAGGACGGUCACAGGAACCGAUGCCGAUUUACGUAGGUUAUCAUUGAACAAUGCUAAGGCUUUGCUCAGAAAAUUCGGAGUUCCCGAGGAUGAGAUUAAAAAAUUAUCUCGAUGGGAAGUCAUUGAUGUUGUCAGAACAUUGUCAACAGAAAAAGCGAAGGCAGGUGAAGAAGGUAUGGAUAAAUUCUCUAGAGGAAACAGAUUUUCAAUUGCAGAACAUCAAGAAAGAUAUAAAGAGGAAUGUCAGAGGAUAUUCGACUUGCAAAACCGUGUGUUAGCCAGUGCUGAAGUUCUCAGUACUGAUGAGGGAGAAAGUUCUGAUGAAGACUCUGAUGAGGAUAUCGAAGAGAUGGGUAAAAAUAUUGAAAAUAUGCUUUCCAACAAAAAAACUAGUAGUCAGUUAUCACUUGAACGUGAAGAACAAGAGCGUCAAGAGUUACGAAAAAUGAUCAUGGAAGGAGAAGAUAAGAAAUGCAAAGAUAAGAAAAAUAAGGAUGAUGAUGAUGGUCAUGAUCAAUCCGGUAUGGCUCAACAAGGACGAGUUUUAAAAAUAUUUAGAACAUUCCGGGAUGCCGAAGGGAAGGAAUUCACGCGCGUCGAAAUCGUCCGAAAAGCUUCGGUGAUUGACGCCUACGUGAAAAUAAGAACUACCAAGGAUGAUCAGUUCAUAAGGCAAUUUGCAACGCUGGAUGAUGUUCAGAAAGAGGAGAUGAAACGAGAGAAACGUCGUAUUCAAGAACAGCUGAGACGUAUCAAAAGAAACCAGGAAAGAGAGCGCAUGGCCAUGGGCGGAAGUUCUCUUCCUGCUGCGAGUAUUCCAAAUUCCUCUACAUCAAAUUCUUCACAUUUUUCGCAUUCCCAACACCAUGCGCCUGUCGCUGAGAAAGUUAUAGAUAGAAUGAUCGAAUUGCCUUCAAUGCCUUUACCGUCGGCGCCAUCUUCAAGUAAACCGUUGCUAUCGCCGCCAAAAUCAAGAAGGAAAAAUAAGCUGAAACCGGAUCUCAAAUUAAAAUGCGGAGCUUGCGGAAAUGUCGGUCACAUGAGGACUAACAAGGCGUGUCCGUUAUAUCAAAGCUCUGGUGGAGGAUUGGCUCCAAUGAACGUCGCGAUGACUGAAGAACAGGAGGAAGAAAUUGAGAAACAGCUAAAUACAGAUGAUGAAGAUUUAGUGAACGUGGAUGGUACAAAGAUGAAGCUGUCCAAACGAUUGUUGAAUGUACACGCCGAAGAAAUGAAGAGGAAAACGCUAUUGUUGAAAGUACCUAAAGAUGCGAUGGGCAAUAAGAAACGGAAAAAGAUGCCUACGGAUAUUCACUGUGAUUAUCUCAAGAAGCAUAGUCGACCUGCGAAUAGAAGACGCACCGACCCGGUCGUCGUUUUAUCCACAAUACUUGAAAAUAUUUUGAACGAAUUAAGAGAUAUGCCCGACGUUCAACCGUUCUUGUUUCCCGUUAAUGCAAAAAUGGUUUUGGAUUACCAUAAAAUCGUUCAAAGACCUAUGGAUCUACAGACUAUCAGAGAAAAUCUUAGGCAGAAGAAAUACCAAAGUCGCGAAGAAUUUUUAGCUGAUGUUAAUCAAAUCGUUGAAAAUUCAUCUUUAUAUAAUGGUGCUAAGAGCACUUUGACUCUUGCGGCACAGCGGAUGCUACAAAAGUGCGUGGAAAGAUUAGCCGAAAAGGAAGAAAGGUUGAUGAGGCUUGAGAAAGUUAUUAAUCCGUUAUUGGAUGAUAACGACCAAGUAGCUUUGACCUUUAUCCUAGACAAUGUAGUCAAUACUAAAUUGAAGGCGAUGUCCGAAUCCUGGCCAUUCCUGAAACCCGUCAACAAGAAGCAAGUGAAAGAUUAUUACAACAUAAUUAAGCGACCAAUGGAUUUGGAAACAAUUACCAAGAAAGUCGCUGCUCAUAAAUAUCACAGCAGACACGAAUUUCUUGUGGAUAUAACGCAAAUUUUGGAAAAUUGUACUCUGUACAACGGCAAGGAUUCACCCUUCACGCAAAAAGCGGAGUUGUUGGUGAAAGUUUGCAGAAUGACUUUGGAUGAGUACGAUGAUCACCUUACACAAUUAGAAAGCAAGAUCAGUAUAAUUCAGGAGAGAGCUAAUGAGGAUGACGAUCAUAACUGGAUGGACGGCGAUGAAGAUAAUUACACCAUAGCAGAACCUGAUAGAAUUAGUCAAACUAGUUCACCGGAUCACAUGUACAAUCAUAAAUCCGGAUUGGACGAUUUGGAUUUCGUGGAUGUUGAGGGAGGUGUUAAUUUGUCCAACGAUGAGUUGAGUCCGCCAUCGAAGAUGCGUCGUAUUAGCAAGAACAAGACGAAGAAGAAAACGUCUGCGACGUUGGAGGAGGAUUUACAGUUCUCCAGCGAGGAGGAAAUGGAUGAAGUGCCUUUACACGAGUUCGAGGAUAGUAAGCAGAGUAUUAUGAUAAGCGCGGAGAUGCCCGAUCAGGAGAUCGCAGAUGAUGACAGUCAGCAAGUUGCCGAGGCGAUGGUUCAAUUGGGAAGCAUGGCAUAUUAUCAGAAUGAAAUGGAAGGCGGAGGUUCCGAACAAUUGAUGUUCAAAGAUGAAAGUAUGGACGUUGAUCCGAACUACGAUCCUUCCGAUUUCCUUAUGGCCGGUUUACCAAUGCGCGUCAAGGAUGAGGGAAGUAACGUUAUGAAAAUUGACGACGAUCUUGCAGUUAGCGAGAGUGACGAUGAGAAUGGGGGAGGCGGUGGCAAUCUAAAUGAUAGUACCAAUAAUCAACAGAUCCCCGAGGAUGAUGAUGGCAUCUGGUUCUAAAAGUGUUAUUUUUUGUUAUAUAUUUUAUUAUACCAAAUUUUGUACAUAUA